AUGAGUUUAUCAUCCAGUGACACUGACAUCAACAAAGGGUUGGAUCUCCCAGAUGACUGUCUAAGCCAUAUACAUAAGAGACUAAAAUCCGGUACUGACCAUAGUUCGUUUGGUUUGGUUUGUCAUCGCUGGCUCGAUAUUCAGAGAAACAAUCAUGUGUCGUUAUGGGAUAUCGAUGAUUCUGAAUGUAGUUUACGUAGAUCAUCAAAUAUUAGUCCCGAAAGCUUUUCCAUAAUCCUUAGCAAAUUGUUGACUCGAUUCCAACCCCUCAAAAGCUUCUCCCUAUGCGGUUUGCCUGACAUAACAGAUUAUGUUACAUCACAGUCACAACUCUUUGGAUCAAAAUUUCGAUUUCUGUGCUUAAGAUAUUGGUCUAAGUAUACAGAUAAGAAGAUGUCUUUGAUAUUUUCUUCAUUCCCUCACUUGGCAUCAGUAGGUAUGAAGGGUUCUAACAUUACCAAUAAAGGUUUAGAAAUCAUGGAAAAGUGUUGUGCAAUCUUAGAGACAAUUGACCUCAGCAGCUGUCAGAUGAUUACUGACAAAGGUUUAGAGGUUUUGGCAAAAAGUUGUGCAUCAUUAAACAAAAUCGACCUUGGAAGCUGUCAACAGAUUACUGAUUCAGGAAUAAGGUUUCUCAUACAAAACUGUUUGGAACUCCAUUCAAUUAGAAUUUCAUAUUACGGCAGUGUAACAGGUAUUGGCUUUCUUGGGUGUCAAAAAACCUUGUCUAAUGUUUAUGCAGUGGACGUGCCUAAACUUACAACCGAGGGGAUUAAAGCAAUUUCGGGUGGAAGCAGACUUCAACGUCUGUGUCUAUCUGGAAAUCCAGUUAAUACUGAAGCAGUCUUUAACAAUUUCAAAAGGUUGUCCUCUAUUAAAGGUACUGCAGCUAACAUCUUUUCAAGAGAUACAGCAAAGGACGGAAAGCUAUUGGCCUGUAUUGCAGAAACUUGA